GCGCAGUCCGUGUUUAUUUCCGGAAGUGAUCUGUACCAUCACGAUUAUCACCUAAAAUAACAAACGUCACAACUACAGUAUUGCCAUUUUAGGCGUUCCCUCACCUACAAUAUGGCGCACUGGUUUCAUCGAAACCCCCUGAAGGCAACAGCGCCUGUGUCCUUCAAUUUUUAUGGCGUUGCUGGGAGCCCCACUGCAAAUAAAAUCUGCAAUGACCUGAGGUCCAUGAGGGCAAGGCUGUUGGAAAUCUUCACGGAUGUAACCUGCAAUGCAGAGAUCAUGAAAAAUGCCACAGAUGCAUACUUCUCUCUACUGCAGUGCUUUAUUGCUUCUGUGGACGGAACUACACAAGAGAACAAGAUGAGGUACAUCCAGAACUUCAAAUGGACGGAUACUUUACAAGGAAACACACCAAGUGCCCAACAAGAUGCAGUGUUCGAGCUGAUCUCCAUGGCCUUUAACGUAGCGCUCUGGUACACCAAGUUUGCCUCGAGACUUGCUGGAAAAGAAAAUGUUUCAGAGGAUGAAGCAAAAGAAGUCCACCGCAGCCUGAAAGUUGCUGCUGGAAUCUUCAAAGCUCUCAAGGAGGUCCACAUCCCUCGUCUCAUCACCCCUGCUGAAAAAGGUAGAGAUCUGGAUCCCAGAGUGAUUGAUGCAUACAUCAUCCAGUCUCAGGCAGAAGCACAAGAAGUGACAAUCGCCAGAGCCAUUGAACUGAAACACAGCUCAUCAAUUAUUUCGGCAUUGGCAUCCGAGACGGCAAACUUUUAUCAGAAAGCUGACCACACUCUGAACACUUUGGAGCCUGAGUACAGCAGCAAGUGGAGGAAGUAUCUCCAGCUGAAGGCCUUCUUCUACAUGGCUUAUGCGUACUGCUAUCAUGGACAGACACUGCUGGGGAAUGAUAAGUGCGGUGAGGCGAUACGAUCUCUCCAAGAAGCAGAAAAAGCUUAUUCACGUGCCGAGGAGCUGUGUAAAGAGUACCGUCAUACCAAAGGCCCGGGAUCCACUGCCAAACCAUCUGAACAACUUUUCUUCCUCAAACUGGGUGGCUUCAUUAAGAACACACUGGAGAAGUGCCAGAGAGAGAAUGGCUUCAUAUACUUUCACAAGGUACCAUCAGAACCACCCCAGUUGGAGAUGAAGGCGAGCUAUGGCCUGGCCGAGCCAGUCCCCUUUGAGCUGCCAGCCCCCAGUGAGUUGUGUACUCCAGAAGUUUAUGCCACCUUUGACUUGACAAAGGGCACCAAAAAGGAAAAGGACAAACCUAAAGAAGAAGAAGUGAAACCAAUGAAGGAACCCGAUUUGAAGCCUCAGAAGGACACAGGCUGUACCGUUUCCUAAAUUACAUCGAGUCAAUCAUCCCAUGCUGCAGUUGAAUCCAACAGCCACACAAAUAAUCCUCUCUUCUCUUGUGUUUGGCUAGAAUGUAGUGCUGUGCGAUAUAACUAUACACAUCACUGAAACGAUAUAAAACCUUCCAUCGACAUUUUACAUAUCUACUGUUAAUUCAUUUUGGCGAGCAGAUAGUGCACAAUUUGUGCUGAGUUGCUACAUUGAUGGGAUUCUAUAUGCCUUGGUAGUACAGUACCACCAGUCAGCCUCAAGAUUUCCAUUUGAUUGCCAUUUGGCUCUUCCUGCCAACCACACGAAUAAUGCAUGCUAGAGCAACACAAUUAAAAUGGCCACACAGACCACACAAUUCGUUCCAUUAUAAAUAUAAAUUAAUUUAUUGUUAAUAACAUGCUAAUUUGAUAUACAGCAGUUUUAAACGUCAAAACCACUCGUCACAAGUAUUAGUAACUAAUUAGAGAUCUUUUCAUUUGAACAACAAUAUGUGUUCUAUCAUUUUGAGCAAAACUAUGUAUGCUACUGUGCUGGUUCUGUUUACCUUGGAUAGUAAAGGUGUGUGAAAUUUCCAAUUUUUAGAUUAUUCAAGAUUCGGCCGCUGAAGAUUCAAGAACGAUUCACAAACAUCCAUAUUCCGAUUAUUUAAAUAUGCUAAGUAAAGCGGAACUAAAACACAGCACGGUCUUCGGGACACAAUAAGGAACGGACCAAGAGUAAACAUCCACAACUCAUGCUAGAUAAAAAAAAAACGCCGACAGCCGCUACAAACAACGCCCCGUUGCUACAAACUUGGCCCACAUAAUGCUACGGUAGAUAUAACAUGUAUGUAGAACUAGAUGCAAAAUGACAGACUCACCGGCGUUAGUAAACAGCCGCCAUCUUAAAGCAGUAGACUUCUCAGGAAGGCGCUUUUGUAGCAAACCUUCCGAGCGAACCUAAUUAACUUUUUAUCUAAAAUACUUCUAAAUCGGCAAAAUCUUGACCUGAAUCUAUCUUUAAAUGAUGAAACCGUUUUAAAACAUUCACAUGUCGAAAGUAGACGGAAGGGAAAUUAUGGAAUAACAGGAGCAAUUUUAGCAAAUUUAGCGGUUGAUUCACAACAUUAAAUAAUUUGAAUGUAGUUUAAAGCUACUGACACAGAAUGGGGACUUGAGUAUUUUAUUUAUUGUUUUGAACUGUUAACUUGAUAUUGAAAUAGUAGUUUAUUUAAGAGGAUUUUUGUACUAUUUUUGUAACUAAUGUACGAAACAUUAAAAGCAGCUAAUAGCUGGGGGGGGGGGG